AUGGCGAAACAACGAAAGAUACUGAAAGAUUCUCAGAUCGAAGAUAUUCUUGAUGAGAUGUUCGAAUCAGAGGAAGAUGAAGAGGACGAGUAUGGAGAAUCACAUUUGGAUUACGUCCCAAGAACAAUAAACGCAAUGUUGAAUGAAAUGCAGGGUAUGUCACAACAACAGUUAUUAAAUAUUUUAGACGAUGAUCCAUGUCAACUUUAUGGAGCGUCACUUGUCAAUGACCUUGAAGAGUUGCCACCUCGUGUUUCGCUGUCUGUAUCAUCCUCUAACUUACCUGCUCAUCCUGAAUUGCUUGCUCCUGCUCACCCUGAAGUGCUUACUGCUGCGGUUGAUGAAGAGAUGCCACCUUAUGUUCCAUUGUCCGCACCAUGCUCUAACUUACCUGUUAACCCUGAAGUGCUUACUCCUGGUGUUGGUGAAGAGUUGACACCUUAUGUUCCAUUGUCUGCACCAUCAUCUCACUUACCUGCUCACCCCGAAGUGCUUGCUCCUCCGGUUGAUAAAGAGAUGCCACCUUAUGUUCCAUUGUCUGCACCAUGCUCUAACUUACCCGCUAACCCUGAAGUACUUGCUCUUGGUGUCGGUGAAGAGUAA